AUGGGCUGGUUACCCGACGGAAACGCCAGCUCCCCGCGCGACCCCUUCCAUCAGCUCUCCCCUUCCGCCAAACCCUCCGCGCACUCCGCUUCCGCGCAUGUCCUCUCCGCCUUCCGCUGCACGCUCCCCGCCAUGGUGCUCGGCGCGCUUCUCUUCGUCAAUCUCCUCCUUUUCUCCGCCAAUCCCCGCCUCUGGCCCGCCUGCCCGCCCGACCGCGACGCGGUGGACGCGCUCGUGCUCGCGGGGCUACAGCCGGGCGGCGCUAGCGGCGGCGGCGGGCUACAGGCGGUAGGGGCGCUACAGCCGUCCGUGUCGGUUGUAGUGGAACGGCCGGCAGAUGACGCGGGCGGUGCAGGCGGCGAGAGCGCCGCGGCGGGUGACGCGGCGGAGUGGUGGCGGGAAACAGACAGCGCGUAUGCGCCUACUGGCGGAAACGGCGGCGGAACUCCCCGCCUGGCGUACGGCAUUCUCGGCGCGAAAAACGACAGCUCGCGCGUCGUGCGCCUCUUACUCGCCAUCUACCACCCGUUGAACCACUACGCCGUCCAUAUCGAUGAUCCCGAGGAAACUCUCGCGCUAAAGACAAAGAUCGCCGCCCACCCCGCGCUGUCGAGGCGCGCGAAUAUUGUCGUGAUUCCGGACCCCGAAGUAGUCACGUACCAGGGGUCGACGCUGCUGUCCGCGACGCUGCGCCUGGCGCAUGUGCAUAUAGCGAGCGGCGCGCAGUGGGACUGGUUUAUCAACCUGAGCGCCGCGGAUUACCCGUUAAUGUCACAAGAUGACAUGCUGUACCUCUUUUCUCACGUGGAUCGCAGCCUCUCCUUUAUGGACCACAGCGUUGAGCACCGAUUCGACAUGCAACGAACCUGGACAGUGCCUUGCCACAUGUGCGAGCAGGCACAUACAAUUUCCAUUGCGUUCUUCUGCCGUUCCCUUUCCCCAGCUGCCCGACACCCCCUACGCUCGUUCCCCCCUCUCUCCCAUACCCCCCAGCUACCGACAGCGUGCAGUGAAUCUGGACAGGGCGCUCUUCCGCAUCUCUGUCCGCAUCCCUGUCCGCAUCUCUGUCCGCAUCUCUGUCCGCAUCUCUAUCCGCAUCUCUGUCCGCAUCUCUAUCCGCAUCUCUGUCCGCAUCUCUAUCCGCAUCUCUAUCCGCAUCUCUGUCCGCAUUUUCUGUCCGCAUCUCUAUCCGCAUCUCUGUCCGCAUCUCUAUCCGCAUCUCUAUCCGCAUCUCUAUCCGCAUCUCUGUCCGCAUCUCUGUCCGCAUCUCUAUCCGCAUCUCUAUCCGCAUCUCUGUCCGCAUCUCUAUCCGCAUCUCUAUCCGCAUCUCUAUCCGCAUCUCUAUCCGCAUCUCUGUCCGCAUCUCUAUCCGCAUCUCUAUCCGCAUCUCUGUCCGCAUCUCUGUCCGCAUCUCUGUCCGCAUCCCUGUCCGCAUCUCUAUCCGCAUCUCUGUCCGCCAGCUACCGCCUAUGUGCCGUGAAUCUGGACAGGGAGUUGUUCCUUCCCAACCCUUACUCAAUUUCCCGUACCACCCCUCUCUGCCCGCCAGCUACCGGCAGCAUGCACUACCGGCAGCGCGCAGUGAAUCUGGACAGGGCGCUGUUCCAGGCGCACAACACAAGCUCCCCCUACUCCUUCCUCACCCCGCCCCCCCACAACCCCCCACUUUCCCAACCCCCGCUUCUGCCCUCCAGCUACCGCCAGCGUGCAGUGAAUCUGGACAGGGCGCUGUUCCAGGCGCACAGAGGGCACAAGCUCAUGCGGGACGUGCGACCUGCUGCCACCCGGUUUCACGUCUUCAUGGGUGAGUCGCCCUGUGUUGACCUGUGUUGA